AUGGAGUAUAAAGUAAAAUGCAAAGGGGGCACAGAAUACUACUGUAACACGUGUAAGCAUGACCUGUGUCUACAUUGUAAGGAGAGACAUGUUAUUGAUUUACACACCAAACAUCAUGAUGUUGUAAUUAACCGUGAAAAAUAUGAAGAUAGACUAAGACUAACACCCUGUGUGAGACAUCCAACAGAAUUCAUUGAAAAAUGGUGUUACUCCUGUAGUCUUCCUAUCUGUGUGCAAUGCACAAGGAAUAGUGUUUCUGUUGGUGUCCAAAGUAGUACAGAAAGAAACCUAUGUGAAGAAAACAGCGAACACAACUUAUGGAAUAUUGAUAUAGCAUAUGUGAUAAGCCGAAAACUAAAUAGAAAAACCAACCAUAACAUCAGAAGUGAGACUCUCUAUAACAGUUUUUUUCUCCUGGCAGAUAUCAAAUCUGAUAUGAAAACUUUUCACAAAGAAAUCUUCUACCGUCAAUCAGAGAUGUCAUCAAAAGCCCAGAGGCUAAAGGACCUCAUUGACACAGUGAUAUGUGAUGUUAAAAACAAACAACAAAAGAAACAAAUGAUCAAACAACUUACCAGCAUAGAGAAGUAUGAACACAUAUCUCAACAGUCUUUAAACAGACAGGUAAAAUUUCUCUUUUUCCUAAAGAAAACCAGCGUUCCCAAGGUUGACAUUACAUCUUAUUGUAUUCAACAUGCCCACAGUAAGGACAUCAACAUGGAGUAUAUGGUUAAGCUUCUGAGUGAAAUUCAAAUCAUAGAAACGGGAAAAAGACAAGUACAAAAUGAAGGUCUGUCCACAUCCGUGCUGCACAUUACUUUUUUAGUGAGAGGUGUUAGUGCGAUAAGACACAUUUCCUGUGUGACAUCAGAUCGGAUCUGGAUAUGUGGUAUGUUUCGUCUCAUCCUGACAAACCUAAAAGGGAAGACACUAAAUUUUCUGACAAAUAAAACUCCUGAUUGUCACCGUUGGAGUUAUGGAAUACACACGGUGGACAUUAUAUCUGACUUAAUCUAUAUAGACACGGAUGGUGACAUUAACAAACUAUCUAAAGAUACCAAAGAACGAUUUACACUUAUUAAGAAAACAGAAUCAUGGAAGCCAUGCAGUGUCUUCAGCUCCCCUCUCACUGGAGAUCUGCUUGUCGGAAUGUUGAAUACUGAUACAGAUACAGGUAAGCUGAACCGUUACAAUAACGCUGGACAAUACAUAGAGACAAUUCAACACGGUAAUAAAGGUCAGGAACUGUAUGGUCGACCUAUCUACAUCACAGAGAACCGCAAUUGGGAUGUUGUUGUUUCUGAUUUUAACCGCGGUUUAGUGGUAACAAACUGUGGAGGAAGAUAUCGCUUCUCCUACACAGGACCUCCAACAGGAUCAAUACUGAAACCACGAGGAGUCUGUACAGACGCGUUAUUACACAUCCUGGUGUGUGAUGAAAGCACGGACACAGUACAGAUGAUUGAUAAGGACGGCUGCUUCCUGUCAUUGAUACAGAUAGAACAGCAAGAGAUACACAGACCACGAACCCUGAGUUAUGAUAACAAAAAUCACCUUCUCUUCGUUGGAUCCUAUGACGACAACAAAGUGUGUGCAUACAAAUACGUGUAUCUAAAAAGACAAGACUUUGUACCAGGUGAUUGUAAUAGGUUAUAA